AAAUAGGAAAACACUUUAGAAUCGCAAUAUAUCUUAAACUCAAAUGCCGUGAGAGGGUUUAAGAGCCUCGGCACCAAAUACUGAACAGAAUACACUUUGAGUUUGGUCCUUUUCAGUCUUCGUCUUGUGUCUAGGGCUAACUAACUUCUUCUUCUUCUUCUUCUUUGGAGGAGCUCUCUGUGUAUACUUUGAGUCAAAAUUCAAAAUCCAUGGAUUCGCAGACUAACGAUGCCAACCUUGACGGUGAAGCUCACGACAUUAACAGGUCAGACCACAGAGAUGAGGCGGAGGAUGAAGAUUACAAGUCUCAACCUCAUACUGGCGACGGAGCCAGUCCUGGGAAAAUCUUUAUAGGGGGUUUGGCCAGAGAGACAACUACAGCGCAAUUUAUAAAGCAUUUCGGCAAAUACGGUGAAAUUAUAGAUUCAGUGAUAAUGAAGGACCGGAAAACAGGGCAGCCCCGUGGGUUCGGUUUUGUGACCUAUGCAGACCCCUCUGUCGUUGAUAAAGUCAUUGACGAAACUCAUGUUAUCAAUGGCAAACAAGUGGAAAUCAAGCGCACAAUACCGAGGGGAGCAAUGGGGUCUAAGGAUUUCAAGACUAAGAAGAUUUUCGUGGGUGGAAUUCCAACAACCGUGAAUGAAGAUGAGUUUAGUGACUUCUUUUCACAGUUUGGAGAGGUCAAGGAGCAUCAGAUUAUGCGAGACCACUCCACCGGUCGCUCCCGUGGCUUUGGAUUUAUUACCUUUGACACAGAGCAAUCAGUUGACGAACUCUUGGACAAGGGGAACAAGCUUGAGUUCGCUGGAGCUCAGGUGGAGAUUAAAAAGGCAGAGCCAAAGAAGCCAAACCUACCUGCAGCCCCAUCUAAACGUUACAGCGAUUCUCGGCCUGCAUAUGGUGGCGGGUACGGAGAUAGCUAUGGGGGAUUUGGAGGUGGCGGUUAUGGUGCUGCAGGUGGUUAUAGGUCAACUGCGGCCUAUGGUGGUAGGGGAGGCAGUGCAUAUGGAGGAUAUAGUGGAAAUGAAUUUGGCGGCUAUGGAGUAUAUGGAGGCGGUGGUGGUGGUGGUGGGGGUAUAGGGGCGUAUAGGGGAGAAUCAUCCAUAGGAUACUCGGGCCGUUAUGGAGGAGCCUAUAGCAGAGGUUAUGAUCUAGGAGGCGGUUAUGGUGGAGCUGGUGAGAGUUAUGGGGGAUAUGGAAGUGCUGGUGGUGCAGCUGGUGGUGGUUACGGGAGUGGUUAUGAUGCAGGUUUUGGAGGUGGCUACGGAGGUGGUAGUGGAGCUUCCUUUUAUGGUAGUAGAGGGGGAUAUGGUGGUGCAGGUAGUGGUCGAUAUCACCCUUAUGGGAGGUAGAAGGUUUGUUGUAUUUUAGGACUAAAGAAGUCUUGCAGCCAAACGCAAAGGUGUUGUUUGUAGCUCUUGGCUUCAAGUCUACUCUACUGGCUUAUGUUUCCAGUUUCUUUUGUUUUUGUGUCAAAGAUGUUCCAUAUUUACCUUAGUUUAAUUCUUUUUAUUUCUUUGAAGGUUCAAUUUCCAUUUUACCCUUUUCUGUACCAAGACUACGAGAUCAAAGGGACCUGGUUCUUUCUUAUUUAUCUGCCAAUUAUCAGUAACAGGCUGCACAUUGUGCAGAUGUUUGCAUUAGA